CACUUUCAGAGCCGCUGUUCAACACAGAAAAGUCUUCAAAUAUGGUUUGAGCAGUGAGUCAGUGAAGGACGAUGGCAUCUGCGGAUCAGCAUUGUGACACACGAGAUGAGAUGGAAGAAGAAAAGCUGAAACACAAGGAAGACCAGAUGAGCAGCAGCGCUCACAGUGAAGUCAGUGUUGAUGUGAAUGCUGAAACAGGAGCAACUGUAAAUGCCCCUUUACUCAAUAGAAACAAUUUCACAGGCCCAGUGACCUUCAUCUACAACACUGCAGGAAACGCACCACAAAAAGCCUCAGAGAGACAGACGGAGAAGCACACAGCAGAUCAAGGCUCAGCUGCAGAGGACAGUAAAGCUGCUCUUCAUGAGAUCAGCCGGAGACUGAAGGUCAAAUUAAAACAAGAGUAUGAACGAAUAUUGGUUGGUAAUUCUCAGACUGGUCAUCAGAAAUACCUGAACAAUAUUUACACUGAUCUAUAUGUGGUGGAGAAUGAGACUGGAGGAAUACUGAGUGAACAUGAGGUGAGACAGAUCGAAUUCAAACAAUUUGAUGCCAAGGACACACCAAUCCAGUGCAAUAACAUUUUUAAAGUCCACGAGGGUCAACGAAACAGAAGAGUGCUGACAAUGGGCAUCGCAGGGGUAGGAAAAACAGUCUCUGUCAAUAAAUUCAUCCUUGACUGGGCCAAAGGAACAGAAAAUCAGGAUAUUGCCUUAAUUUUCCCGCUUCCAUUCCGUAGACUGAAUUUGAUUAAAGAAGAGUACAGUCUUAUAGGACUUCUUAACAAAUACUUCUUUAGUAAUCCUGAAGACCUGCCCUCUCUUCCUGAUGGUGACGGUAAAAUCAUGUUCAUCUUUGAUGGGCUGGAUGAAUGUCGCUUCCCUUUGAACUUUAAAGAGGAUGACGGAUUUACAGAUGUUAAAGAAAAAACAACAUUGAGUAAGAUAAUAACAAACCUCAUUAAGACACAUCUGGUUCCUUCUGCACUCAUUUGGAUCACAUCCAGACCAGCAGCAGCCAGUCUGAUACCUCGAAACUACAUUGAUCAGGUGACAGAGGUGCGAGGAUUCAACGAUGAGCAGAAAGAGCAAUACUUCAAUAAAAACAGCAGUACUGAGGUUGCUGGAAACAUUAUCCGUCAUAUCAGGAAAUCCAGGAGCCUGUACAUAAUGUGCCACAUCCCCAUCUUCUGCUGGAUCUCUCUCACUGUUCUUCAACCUCUACUGGCUCGAGAGAGCAAUGACAAAACACCCACAACUCUCACAGGGAUGUACACAAGCUUCUUACUUACUCAGCAGCAACAAAUGACAGCAAAAUACAGUGAUUACCCUGAACCUAAAGCCAAUGCCAGGUCUUUUGAUGAGAUUAUUCUGAAGCUUGGGAAACUGGCCUUUCAACAGCUGGAGAAAGGAAAUCUGAUUUUCUACAAAGAAGAUCUUGAGGAAUGUGGACUAGAUGCCAGUGAAGGGUCGGUGUUGUCUGGGUUAUGCACUCAGAUCUUUCAGGAGGAAAAAGCUGUUUCAGCAAGAAACGUUUACAGCUUCGUUCAUCUUAGCAUCCAGGAAUUCCUUGCUGCUCUCUAUGUGUUUCUGAUUAGCAAAGAUGAGAAAGCAAAGCUACUUUUUCAGUUCCAGAGAGAAAAACUGACAUGGACACUGUCCAGAAAGACACAGUUUCAGCUUCAUAAGGCUGUGAUCAACAAAGCUUUACAAAGCGAGAACGGACACCUGGACCUUUUCCUCCGGUUCCUCCUGGGUCUCUCUCUGGAGUCCAAUCAGAGUGACCUGAAGGAAUUAGUACCAGGACUGAAACUCAAAACAGAGAAUAUGAAAAACACUGUUGAUUAUAUCAAAAAGAAAAUAGAGAAGGAGAAAUCAGUGGAGAGGACCAUCAAUCUCUUCUACUGUCUGAGUGAACUGAAAGAUGACUUUGUGGAAGAAAUCCAGAAGAAUCUGAGCUCAGGAAAUCUUUCAGCACAGAAUCUCUCCUCUGCUCAGUGGUCUGGUCUGGUGUUUGUGCUCCUGAUGUCAGAAGAGACUCAAGAGAAGUUUGAACUGCAGAAAUACAGAAGAUCUGAUGAAGCAGUGAUAAGACUGCUGCCAGUGAUCAAAACCACAAAAAAAGCACUGCUACAGUGCUGUAAUCUCACUGCUCAGUGUUGUGAGAGUUUGUCAUCAGUUCUACAAUCCUCAAACUCCUUCCUGAAAGAGCUGGACCUAAAUAACAAUGAUCUACAGGAUUCGGGAGUGAGGCUUCUUUCUGAUGGACUAAAAAGUCCAAACUGUCACUUGGAGAUAAUGAGAUUUUCCAUAUGUAAUCUCACUGCUCAGUGUUGUGAGAGUUUGUCAUCAGUUCUACAAUCCUCAAACUCCUUCCUGAGAGAGCUGGACCUGAGUAACAAUGAUCUACAGGAUUCAGGAGUGAAGCUUCUUUCUGAUGGACUGAAGAGUCCAAACUGUCACCUGGAGAUAAUGAGAUUUUCCAUAUGUAAGCUCACUGCUCAGUGUUGUGAGAGUUUGUCAUCAGUUCUACAAUCCUCAAACUCCUUCCUGAGAGAGCUGAACCUGAGUAACAAUGAUCUACAGGAUUCGGGAGUGAGGCUUCUUUCUGAGGGGCUAAAAAGUCCAAACUGUCACCUGGAGAUAAUGAGAUUUUCCAUAUGUAAUCUCACUGCUCAGUGUUGUGAGAGUUUGUCAUCAGUUCUACAAUCCUCAAACUCCUUCCUGAGAGAGCUGGACCUGAGUAACAAUGAUCUACAGGAUUCAGGAGUGAAGCUUCUUUCUGAUGGGCUGAAGAAUUCAAACUGUCAGCUGGAGAUACUGAGAUUGUCUGGCUGUAUGGUGACAGAGGAAGGCUGUGGUUAUGUGUCUUCAGCUCUGAGUUCGAACCCCUCACACCUGAGAGAGCUGGACCUGAGCUACAAUCACCCAGGAGAGUCAUUCAUUGAUAAAUUCAACCAUCAAAACUGCUUACUUAAGUAUGUUGAGCUGGAAGAGUUUGAUUUUAUUUAUUUCAUACAUUUACAAAAGUUCUUACUGAGAAUAAACAGAGGUUUAGCUGCAGUUACACUACAGGGCUGUUGAAUGCUUGAUUCUGAUUGUUUGACAAACUUUUUAAAGUGCUCAAAUAUUGUCAAGUAAAUGCAGAGCUAAAGUAGUUCCAGGCAGGUCUCAACUAAAUUAGAGCAUGAUUUUUCCCACUCUAUGUCCAAUACAAAGGAACACAAAUGCAGUACAGACAGACUAACACACACAUAUUCAAACAUACACAUACACAGAAAUGUGUCAGUGCUGCCCCAUGACUUCAUCAGUAAAAUAGUUUCACAAUUUAUGUAGUAUGCCUGAAAAAGGGGACUGUAGUAAGUGAUGUCUGAUAUCUAGCUUUCCUCAAGGGGUGUUGGUCAAAACACAGGAUCCAAUCAGCUUCAUCCAAAGGAAGUUUAUUUGUUCCUAACACAAUGGUAACUUUCAUCCAGGCUGUACACAACACAGCUGUACAUG